CGGCGGCGCCGAGCAGGACCGGACCCGUCGGUCGGGCUUUGACUGGCUGGAAAUUCCCGUCCUCCGCGGCUCCUCCCCCGCAGAAAUCCCCCGGCCGCGCUGUAUAUGCGAGGCGCCGCCGCCGCCGCGGCUCACUCGCCGUGCCUGCAGCUCCGCCGCCAUGAUCGCCGCUCGCCGUGCUGCCGAGCCGCCCGCCAUGGACGGCUACGAGCACCCCAAGAAGGAGCGCCAGGGCGCCCUCGCGCUCGACGACCGCCACGACAGCGGCCUGGACUCCAUGAAGGAGGAGGAGUACAGGCAGCUGGUGAAGGAGCUGGAGGACAUACGGCUGCAGCCCCGCGAGCCGCCCGCCUGGGCACAGCAGCUGACGGAGGACGGGGACACUUUUCUCCACUUGGCCAUUAUUCACGAGGAAAAAGCCCUGAGCCUGGAGGUGAUCCAGCAGGCAGCCGGUGACCGGGCUUUCCUGAACUUCCAGAACAACCUCAGCCAGACUCCUCUUCACCUGGCAGUGAUAACUGAUCAGCCUGAAAUUGCUGGGCAUCUUCUGAAGGCCGGAUGCGACCUGGACAUCAGGGAUUUCCGAGGAAACACCCCCCUGCACAUCGCCUGCCAGCAGGGCUCCCUCACGAGUGUCAGCGUGCUCACACAGCACUGCCAGCCCCAGCACCUCCUGGCUGUCCUGCAGGCAGCCAACUACAACGGACAUACGUGUCUUCAUUUAGCAUCUAUUCAGGGAUACCUGGGCAUUGUGGAGUACCUGCUGUCCUUGGGAGCAGAUGUAAACGCACAGGAGCCAUGCAAUGGCAGAACAGCACUACAUUUGGCGGUCGAUCUGCAGAAUUCAGAACUGGUGUCACUUCUGGUGAAACAUGGGGCAGAUGUGAACAAAGUGACCUAUCAGGGCUAUUCCCCCUAUCAGCUCACAUGGGGAAGAGACAACUCAAGCAUACAGGAACAGCUGAAGCAGCUGACCACAGCUGACCUGCAGAUGUUGCCAGAAAGUGAGGAUGAAGAGAGCAGUGAAUCGGAGCCUGAGUUCACGGAGGAUGAACUUAUAUAUGAUGACUGCCUUAUUGGAGGACGACAGCUGGCAUUUUAAAGCAGAGCUUUCUCUGAAAAGAAGUGACUGUAUACAUCUGUAUAGAAAAAGGACUGACUUCUUUCAUCUAAAAAGAAAGUCACAAUGUGGAGAGAAAAAAGAGGAGGGAAAUACUACACUGCCCAGCAAGGAGAAGGAGCACGUUAUUGUAACAGGACAGUUCCAGGAUCUCCCUUGAGUUUAAAUACAGGAGUGGGAUGUGUAACAUCAGUACAGAUCUGUGAUUAUUCACACCACCUGAUAAAGAUCCACAUAGCCAAUCUUCUCAGCCGUGCAAAGGUAGCAGAGUACACAUCCAGCCUGCUCAUUAUAGGGAGCUUUCUUGUGGCAUCAGGUACUACAGGGAACAAGUGACCUUUUCGUGGCUAGGUGGACUCAUGCCAGCACCCCUUUUCAGAGACUCUGCGUUCAUUUGUGCUGUGCUGGUGUCAGUCCCUGUCCUUUCUGACUGACCUCAGCCUCUCUCAGUGAGGCUUCCCAGGAGGAGGAGUCAGAACAAGGGCCUGGUGCCGUCUUGGCUCUUAGGCAAAGUAGGAAUAAUGUUAACUGUGGGCAUUGGAAAAGUGUGUUUCACACUGUGUGUGUCAUAAUUGCUACACUUUUUAGCAACUGUAUAUUGUGUAAAUACUGUACAUUUUUUGUUUAUAAUUAUUUUGGUACAUGUGAGAUAUGUAUUUAUUAAAAAAAGUCUGAUUAACGUACCUUGUCUGUAAAACAGUUCAUUGCCCACCUCCCUGAGAUCGUGGGAUUCUACCUGGUUUGCUUUUUAAGAAACGUUUUAACACCUAGUAGCCCAUUGGGGUAACAUUCUCAGGGAUUUUAGGUGGUUCACCUCAGCAGUGGUAAGCCAUCUAAGCAGCUUGCAGCUCUCAGCCCUUCUGCCGCAGCUAAUUUUGGAAGCAGACGUAGGUGUUGUUUCCUGCACCCGCUGCAGCACGCAGAUCGUGGGGCUGGGAUUCCCCCUCUCUUCCAGCUCUAGGCUGCCAGCCCACUAGAGAGGGGGUUUUAGGCUGCUUUUGGCAGCACCCACCCACCUGCCCUCAUGGCACCUUUUGUUCCAGCUCAAAUACUUUGCAGCUCUUGCCAGGGGAAGCUGGAGUUUUGCAGCACAGCCCUGUGUCUGUUCACUUCUUGUUUAUCACCUGGCCCGGCUUCAGUUUGAACUCUGACCCCUUUGGAAUUUCCAAAGGGGAUUUCCAUGGGAAGAGGAAACACAUCCUGGGAACGUGUGCUGCUGCCUUGCAUCCCUGAAAUUCAGGUGCCCCCUCCCCCCCCAUCCCCACU